AUGGAAGACCCCAACUCCACGUCAAUAGCAAACAGUUCUCUCCUGCGCAUGAGGGAUGUGACCACAACAGAUGUCGCCGUGGUCACGAUAAAAAACGCAACAGCGGUCAGCAACGCGUACGAGUGGCGGUUCAUACUGCCGCCGUACAUAUUGAUAUUUCUACUAUCGAUAUCGGGAAACUGUUUGGUCAUAGCAACACUUACCAGCAACAGACGGAUGAGGACAGUGACGAAUGUUUACUUAUUGAAUUUGUUAGCGGUCUCCGUCUCAGUGGACGUCUGGACCUUGGUGGCGAUAUCGCUGGAGAGGUACUUCGCGAUCUGCCGGCCACUCAAGUCCAGGAAAUGGCAGACACAGUGCCACGCGUACAAGAUGAUAGCAGUUGUGUGGGUACUGUCUGUGACCCUAAAUUGGCCCAUUCUGAUCGUGUCGAAACUUCAGCCUAUGAGAGGAAAUGCCUACAAAUGCCGAGAAGUGUGGUCUAGUUUGGAGUUGGAGCGGGCCUUCAACCUGGGUCUGGACGUAGCCUUGCUGUUGGUGCCAUUCUUCAUCAUGUCCUUCGCCUACUGCCUCAUCGUGACCAAGCUGUGGAGGGGCAUGAGACACGAGAUCAAACAUAACUUCAACUGGCAGAGACAUUUGGCCAAUCAGAGUAGUAUGAAGAACAGCCGACUUCUCUCGUCCACGCCAAUCCUGGACAGCAAUUCUUCCGAUGUCUGCUGCAAUUGGAAUAAUAAAAAGGAGAACCAGGUCACAGAAGACAAGCAAGCUCAGUCGUUCUGCAUGCACUCAGUCGACUUGGAAUUCAGACACGUGGUCAGAUCCACUCACAUCGACAAGAGUAUUGAAGCUAAGCGAAAGGUAAUCAGGAUGCUUUUCGUAAUAAUACUGGAGUUCUUCGUCUGUUGGACACCUCUACAUGUCAUUAACACGAUCUACCUGUUUUAUCCAGAGGAGCUUUACCAUUACGUGGGGUCAAAGGGCAUAGUGUGCCUACAGCUAUUGGCAUACUGCGCUUCGUGUUGCAACCCUAUAACUUACUGCUUCAUGAAUAGGAAGUUCAGGCAGGCGUUUAUCACGCUUCUCAAAACGUGCAGACUUUUCAGGGGCUGCUUUCCUGAGAAGCUGGAGUGCAAGCAAGCCACGCCGCCCCCCUCCAGCCAAGAUGUCACGGCCUGCAUCGUGAGGGGCAGCCAGACCGGUCGCACUGAUUUGGAAGCGCUGGAGGGAGAGGAUUGUGUUUAG